CCCUGGUUCCCCUCCUUGGGGCUGAUGUCCGGGUCCCCACAAAGACCAGCAGCUCCUACAGUCCAGGGGCCUCCAAAGCUGGACGGGACUGUGUGCCCUGACACGUAGAGGCCUGAACCAAGUGGGUCUGCUGAGGCCAAAUCUCAGAUACGGGGCUAAGUGAGCCCUGGGGACAAACAGGGCGUCGCUGCCCUGAGCUUCUCAAGAGGCCAGGGAUGGAGAUGUCCUUGGACCCAGAGCAGUGACAGCGGUGCACCUGCUGGCCCCAGUGCUGGGAGCACUCGCCCAUCCUUCAAACCUGCCCCAGGUGGAUUCUGAUUCCCUCUGACACGUGUGGGAAGUGAGGCACCUCAGGAAAGGGGACCCCCGUUUCUGACGCGCUGGGCAGGAAGGAGACCUUCACCCAGUCCUGCUCAUGCUCGAGGCCUGAACCUCCCCUCCAGACCCGGAAGGAACAGCCAGCAGGGAGCCAGGUGCAGAGCCUGGACCUCAGGAAGCCACUGGCCAGUCCCCACAGAGCUCAGCUUUGAGGAUGGAGUCAGGAGAGGGGUCUUCAACAGCCCUGGCCCGUGGUGCCGCCCUGGAGGAGCCAAAGGCUGGGCCUGAGUGCUCGUCCCCGGAGCUGCCAAGGGCAGGCCCAGGGCAGUUCCAGGCGCUACCCCUUGGGCCCAGAGCCCCUGGCAAGGACCCUGACCCCAGGAGCCCUGGCAACCCGACUGCAGGCCCUGCGGGGGAGCCCGGCGGUGGCACUAAGAUCCCCAACCGCGACAGUGGGAUCGACAGUCCAUCCUGCAGCGUGGCUGGCGAGCACUUUCCCUGUGAGGAGGGCAGCGAGGCCGGCCCGGUCCCCACGGUCCCGGGGCUACACCCAGAGGUGGCCCCAGAAGGCAGGGCCCUGCGGGAGGAGGCGGACAGCGAUGACGUGGGCGAAGGUAGUGGUGAGGAGCCGGACCCUGAGAACAGCCCUCCGAGGGCCCAUGUGGACUCAGCCAAGUGCUCCGAGCCCCAGAAGCUGCUGCACAUCGCCCAGGAGCUGCUGCACACGGAGGAGACCUACGUGAGGCGGCUGCACCUGCUGGACCAGGUCUUCUGCACCCGGCUGGUGGAAGCAGGCAUCCCUCCGGAAGUCACCACAGGCAUCUUCUCCAACAUCUCCUCCAUCUAUCGCUUCCACGGGCAGUUCCUCCUGCCGGAGCUGCAGACGCGGAUCACGGAGGAGUGGGACACGAACCCCCGGCUCGGAGACAUCCUGCAGAAGCUGGCCCCGUUCCUCAAGAUGUACGGCGAGUACGUCAAGAACUUCGACCGCGCCGUGGCGCUCGUGAGCACCUGGACCCAGCGCUCGCCGCUCUUCAAGGAGGUGGUGCAGGCCAUCCAGAAGCAGGAGGUGUGCGGGAACCUGACGCUGCAGCACCACAUGCUGGAGCCCGUGCAGAGGGUCCCCCGGUACGAGCUGCUGCUCAAGGACUAUCUGAAGAGGCUCCCCAGAGACGCCCCUGACCGGAAGGAUGCAGAGAGGUCCUUAGAGCUCAUCUCCACGGCCGCCAACCACUCUAAUGCCGCCAUCCGGAAACUGGAGAAAAUGCACAAGCUCUUGGAGGUGUAUGAGCGACUCGGUGGCGAGGAGGACAUCGUCAACCCCGCCAACGAGCUCAUCAAGGAGGGCCACAUCCUGAAGCUGUCAGCCAAGAACGGCACCACCCAGGACCGCCAACUCUUCCUGUUCAACAGCAUGGUUCUUUACUGUGUGCCCAAGCUGCGGCUCAUGGGCCAGAAGUUCAGUGUCCGGGAGAAGAUGGACAUUUCGGACCUCCAGGUGCAGGAUAUCAUCAAGCCAAAUGCACCCCACACAUUCGUCAUCACGGGAAGGAAGCGCUCCCUGGAGCUGCAGACUCGGACGGAGGAAGAGAAAAAAGAAUGGAUUCAGGUCAUUGAGGCCACCAUCGAGAGGCACAGGCAGAACAGCCAGACCUUCAAGGCCUUUGGGGGCUCCUUCGGCCAGGAUGAGGACCCCUGCCUCGCUCCAGAGUCCCCUGUGGUGAGCGCCAGCGCUGAGGACCCUGCGGUGGCAGCCGGCAAUGGAGGGGUUGCCACAGGGCCCGAGCCCAGGAGAGGGUCCUCCAAGACCCGGCGCGACAAGGAGAAGCAGGGCUGCAGGAGCUGCGGCGAGACCUUCAACUCCAUCACCAAGAGGAGGCACCGGUGCAAGCUCUGCGGGGCGGUCAUCUGUGGGAAGUGCUCGGAGUUCAAGGCUGAGAACGGCAGGCAGAGCCGCGUUUGCCGAGAGUGUUUCCUGACCCAGCAGGGAGCGCCUGAGACCCCCAGUGCUGAGGUGGCGCCCGAGGACCCCAAGCACAGCACAGAGAAGCCAGCGGCUGUGGACGCCCAGCCCAGCCUGCUCUGUGGUCACCUGCGGGUGUCGGACAGCGGUGCCACUUGGAGUGAGGUAUGGGCCACCAUCCCUGCGUCGGAGCCCCUGGAGCUGGCGCUGCACCUGCAGGGAGGCAGCCAGGCGGGCCGGCCGCCGCGCACCAUCCCCCUCUCUGGCUGCACGGUGAGCGUGCCGGACCCCGCGGAGACGCCGGCCCCCGGGCACGUGUGGCGGCUACAGCAGGCCCAGCAGGCCGUGUACCUGAGCGCCGCGUCGGCGGAGCUGCAGCAGCAGUGGCUGGAGGCCCUGAGCGCCGCUGCCCGCGGAGACCCGACUCGGGCCUUCCCAGGGGCCCCGUGAGCUGAGCCUCGGCCAGGCGUCCCCGCCUGCAGCCACCACAGCGGGCCCGUUGGAGGCCCCGUGCAGGUGUGAAAGGCACCCGGGCUGCUGGGGGUGGACAGGCCACAGCCGCUGACCCCGAGGGACCUCUUGGAAGUGGAGGAGACAGGCCCGGAGCGGGCAGCCGCCCGUCCACACGUCUCUGCAGAGAGCCUGCUUCUGCCCUCAGCCCCGACUGUGUGGCCUGGAGCGGGGUGCUGGCGGACCGCCUGGUGCGGGGCGCCAGCUCCAGAAGGCAGAAGGAGCGACCUGGGGGUGCCCGGGGCCUGGUGGGGGUCUGCAGUCCUGCCUUCCCUCCCUGCUACCCCGUCCACACCGUCUGUACCCAUGAGCUGAACUGUGACUGCUGGUGGACUCCACGCCCUCCUCCGCCCUCUCCGGCCCCUCGGCCCACCUCCCCAGCGGACAGGUUGGUGGCCGGCCUGGGCCAUCCCUGUGGGACCUCCGUGAGAAAGCCGGCAGAGGCCGGAGUUGUGUGUCCGCCCCGCGGCUGGCGGCAGGCCGCAGGCCCUGCUUGUCUGCGGAAAUAAAUGCUGGCAGCCAGCAGGUGGGCACAGCCUCAGGGCAGGGUGCCAGGUGGGGACCGAGGGUGGCAGCACAGCUGGGCUGUGGGGGGGUGCGGGGCCCACCCCUGUGGGGCAGUGAAGGUACCUGAGGCCCAGCUGGCCCCUACCCCUGGUCCUGCCCUUCUCCCCACCCCCACGACCUCUGCUCUGUAUGGUGACUGAGCACCCACUGUGUCUGCAGGGCCUACUGGGCCCUUCUCUCCAAGAUGUGCCCACUUGACAGCUAA